CGAGGGGAGUUCUGAGGUUCCCGUAGCCCCGUCGGCGGGGCGGGCGCUCCGGGAACCCCUCUGGGUCCCUCAGCGGGUUCCUCCCGGCGCACGGGACCCUCGGGGGCUUCCGUAACUGCCCCCGGGGGGGGACUUGGGCUAGAGCGGGGAAGAGCUUCAUAGAGAGCCAUUAAAGACAGGGCCCAGGCAGAGCAGCGUUAGGCACUAAGCAAAGGGGAGGAGGGUUCUGCCUGCGGAGGGGCCUGGGCAUUGCAGAUUGCUAUGGCAACCCUUGGGGUGGGCCUGCGCCCCUGUCCCCUCUGCAGGCAGAAGUGCUUCCCUCUCCCCCUGCCUUUUGCUCCCUACCACGAUACCCACAAGGUCUUGAGUUUCUGAGUUAUUGCAGAAGAGAACGUAAAAAUGAAGAGAAGAGCGGAGCCUGAAUUUAGCAGCCCCCAGAAGAAGCAGAGGAAGAGGAUAGAGGAUCUGGGAUUAACCCUCAGUUCCACUUCAGAUGAUGACACUCAGUUUAGCAAUCAUGCAACCCAAGAGUCUUCUAGUAGCAGCAGUGGGUCUGACAGCGAGAGUGAUGAGAAGCAUCAAGUCUUCAGCAGUGAGUACAAACCGGAUUCUCUCGUGGAGGGCACCUCUUCCCGCUACUCCAUGUAUAACAGCGUCUCCCAGAGGCUCAUGGCCAAAAUGGGCUUCCGUGAAGGAGAAGGUCUGGGGAAAUAUGGCCAGGGGAGGAAAGACAUUGUUGAGGCCUCCAGUCAGAAGGGAAGGAGAGGCUUUGGGCUGACUCUGAAAGGAUUUGAAGGGGAGCUCAAUAUUGAUUGGCGGGAUGAGCCAGAGGCUGGUGCCUAUGAACAGGUGGACUGGUGCCCUGAAUGCACCACUGAAAUCCCUGAUGCCCAGGAGAUGAAGGAGUGGAUGACUGUGGGGAAGCGGAAGAUGGUGAUUGAAGAUGAGACAGAAUUCUGUAAUGAUGAGCUUCUACAGCAUGUCCUGCAGUGCAAGAGCGUGUUUGAUGAGUUGGAUGGGGAUGAGAUGCGCCGGGCCAGGACAAGGUCCAACCCCUACGAGAUGAUCCGCGGGGUCUUCUUCCUGAACAGAGCUGCGAUGAAGAUGGCAAAUAUGGACUAUGUCUUUGACAACAUGUUUACAAACCCAAAAGACUUUCAUGGGAAACCCUUGAUAAAAGAACGGGAUGCAGAGCUGCUUUACUUUGCUGAUGUGUGUGCGGGCCCUGGUGGCUUCUCUGAGUACGUUCUGUGGAGGAGGAAGUGGCAUGCAAAAGGAUUCGGCAUGACCUUGAAAGGACCAAAUGACUUUAAGCUGGAGGAUUUCUAUUCCGCCUCCAGCGAGCUCUUUGAGCCUUACUAUGGAGAGGGAGGAAUUGAUGGAGAUGGGGACAUCACCCGCCCAGAGAACAUCACUGCAUUCCGGAAUUUUGUUUUGGACAACACUGAUCGCAAGGGAGUGCACUUCUUAAUGGCUGAUGGGGGUUUCUCUGUGGAGGGUCAGGAGAACCUACAAGAAAUCCUGAGCAAACAGCUGUUGCUUUGCCAGUUCCUAACAGGACUCUCGAUUGUCCGGACAGGAGGACACUUUGUCUGCAAAACAUUUGACCUGUUUACUCCGUUCACCGUGGGGCUGGUGUAUUUGCUGUACUGCUGCUUUGAGCGAGUGUGUAUCUUUAAACCUGUGACAAGCCGUCCUGCUAAUUCAGAGAGAUAUGUAGUAUGCAAAGGGUUAAAGCUGGGGAUUGAUGAUGUCCGGGAGUACCUCUUCAUGGUGAACAUCAAACUCAACCAGCUCCGCAACUCCAACCUGGAUGUGAAUCUUGUUGUCCCUGUGGAUGUGAUUAAGGGCGACCAAGAAUUCUAUGACUACAUGAUGCAGUCAAAUGAAAAACACUGUAAAGUUCAGAUCAAGGCCCUAGCCAAAAUCCAUGCCUUUGUUCAGGACACGACCCUGUUCGAGCCACGGCAGGCUGAAAUUCGGAAGGAGUGCCUCCGGCUGUGGGGGAUCCCAGAUCAGGCUCGAGUUGCUCCAUCAUCAUCUGAUCCCAAGUCCAAGUUCUUUGAGCUCAUCCAGGGCACAGAAAUUGAUGUCUUCAGUUACAAACCAACACUGCUCACCUCAAAAACUCUGGAGAAGAUCCGUCCCGUGUUCGACUACAGAUGUAUGGUGUCUGGAAGUGAACAAAAGUUCCUGCUAGGGCUGGGGAAGUCCCAGAUCUACACCUGGGACGGUCGCCAGUCGGACCGCUGGACAAAGCUGGACUUGAAAACUGAGCUGCCACGGGACACCCUGCUCUCUGUGGAGAUUGUUCAUGAGCUAAAAGGAGAGGGGAAAGCCCAACGAAAAAUUGGUGCUAUCCACAUCCUGGAUGUCUUGGUGUUGAAUGGCCAUGAUGUCCGAGAGCAGCACUUUAAUCAGCGGAUUCAGCUCGCAGAGAAGUUUGUCAAAGCUGUUUCUAAACCUAGCCGGCCAGAUAUGAACCCCAUUCGUGUGAAGGAAGUGUACAGACUAGAGGAGAUGGAGAAGAUUUUUGUAAGGUUAGAGAUGAAGAUUAUCAAGAGUUCGGGUGGGAUACCACGGCUGUCCUACACUGGCCGGGACGACAGGCACUUUGUACCCACAGGACUCUACAUUGUUAGGACUGUGAAUGAUCCUUGGACAAUGGCGUAUAGCAAGAACUCCAAGAGAAAAUUUUUCUUUAACAAGAUGACCAAGGACUCCACAUAUGACCUCCCUCCUGAAUCCAUUGCACCAUUUCACAUCUGCCAUUACAGCCGUCUCUUCUGGGAGUGGGGGGAAGGUGUCAAAGUGCAUGACUCGCAGAAGAGGCAAGACGCAGAGAAGCUGUCGAAGGAAGAUGUCCUGUCCUUCAUCCAGGCACACUGCCCCUGACCCCCCCUACCCCAGAGCCCAGCCCAGCUUGGACUCUUCAGGGACUGACUAGACUGGACAGACUCUGAGACAGGAGGAGGGAGUCUUCAAUCCAGGAGCAGUGGGUCUUCCAUGGAGAAGAGAACUGACUUGCUGGCAGUCCCAGGAGUUGGGGAUUUGGGAAUUCAGAAGAUGCAGAACAAGGCUUCAGCUAUGAGACCAGUGUAUAUAGGUGUCUGGCCCAGGCAGCACCAGUUCUGAAUACCCUAGAGGAAGAGCUGAGUUCAGCUGCUCUUCUCUUCUGACCCAUUGCAUGCAUGAGGCUGAGGUGCAUGAAGCUCUCCCCAUUCCUGCGCAGACUUACAGCCAGGCUUGUGGCCCUGUGUAUGCCAGAGCAAUUUGGAGACUGCAUCUGGCUCUCUAGCAGCACAGACGAAAUGGCAGGAUUAUGCCAGGGCUGCAGGAGAGGUGUGAUCCAGAGAGAGAGGUGACAUAGAAAUAGCCCUGCAGUGCUCCCAGCAACCAUCUCUGUCUCCUUUGGCCUGGCAGGCCUACGCCACACACUGGGGUGUCUCAUCGGGGAAUACUGGCUCUUGGGACGUGAGGGCUGUCUCCUGUCAGUGGCUAUAGCAGUUCAAUUUUGGAGGUGCUGGGCCAGUUGCCAGGGGUGUCUCUGUGAUAGGUGGGGGGAGCUCCAUGGCACAAAUGGCUUUGGUGUGUUCGGUGCCAGCUGUGGCACUGAGACGGCGUGAGUUAAACUGAUUCUGCAGGGGGAACUUCCUCGUACCAUCAGAAGCUGUCACCCCAAAGAAUUCCCUCUAGAUCAGUAAGUAACCACAGCCUAACCUUCCAGGUGCAAGCUCAUGAAAAAUGCCACAAGACCCUGCUGAGAUGAAGGUGGUUUUGUUGUUUGUUGGUGCUCAGAGUCAUUGCCUGGGGCUCCUGGCAAAGCGAAUGAGGGAAGAAUGGGGUUUUUCAAAGGAAAUUCAGGACAUGCCUGGCUUGGUAAAAAGGUCCCAGAGCAUUGAGAGAAUUUGAUUUUGCCUGGAGUGGAUAGUCAAGAGAGCUCCU